ACACAAACCCUAAUCUCUCUCUCUCUCUCUCUCUCUCUCUCUCUCUCUCUCUCUCUCUCUCACCAAUCUUAAAGCAAUUCUCUCAACAAAAGUUCAAGCAAACUCAAAAAACUAAGAUUAAAAAGAACAAGGAUCAUGGCUGGAAAUGAGUGGAUCAACGGCUACUUGGAGGCCAUCUUAGAUGCCGGGGCGAAGCUCCGCGAGCAAACCCUAAACCCUCCGCUAUCCGCUGCGAGACCCCUGCGACGUCGCACCGAGUACGGUAGCGAAGGAAAAGAGAAGGCGGCGGCGUAUAGCCCUACCAAGUACUUCGUCGAGGAGGUCGUUAGCCGCUUCGACGAUGCCGACCUCCACAAGACAUGGGUCAAGGCGGUUGCAAAAAGGAAUAGCCAAGAGCGUAACAAUCGACUGGAGAAUCUUUGUUGGAGAAUUUGGCACCUCGCUCGCAAGAAAAAACAGAUUGAGUUGGAGGACGCACGACAGUUAGUAAAAAGGCGAUUGGAGCAGGAGCAGGGGAGGAAGGAGGCGGCGGAGGACAUAUCUGAGCUGUCGGAGGGCGAGAAGGAGAAAGGGGAAGGAAAUGCCAAUAAGGACCGGAGUGAAAACUUCGCGAGGAUCAAUUCCGAUGUGAGGAUGUUGUCCGAGGAGGAGGACGACGGCGAGGACGAAACGAAAAAUAGGCGACUAUACAUAGUACUCGUCAGCUUGCACGGGCUCGUACGCGGCGAGAACAUGGAGUUAGGGCGGGACUCCGACACCGGGGGACAGGUGAAAUAUGUGGUUGAGCUAGCCCGAGCACUCGCGGCGACGAAGGGGGUCUACCGCGUGGACCUGUUAACUCGCCAAAUCUCAUCACCCGACGUCGACUGGACCUACGGUGAGCCCGUUGAGAUGCUGAGCCGACCGUCUGAUUCGGAUGCCACUGCAAAUGGCGACGGCUGUGGGGCCUACAUAGUUCGACUUCCGUGCGGGCCAAAAGAUAGGUACAUAGCAAAGGAAUCCUUAUGGCCCCACAUCCCGGAGUUCGUGGACCGGGCCCUGGCCCACAUAGCGAACGUGGCGCGGGCCCUCGGCGAGCAACCGGCCGACGAGGGCCCGGCCCAGCUGGUGUGGCCGUACGCGAUCCACGGCCACUAUGCCGACGGGGCGGAGGCGGCGGCCCGGCUGGCCGGCGCCCUAAACGCACCGGCGGUCGUGACGGGCCACUCGUUGGGCCGAAACAAGCUGGACCAGCUCCUCAAAAUGGGCCUGAUGGGCCGGGCCGAGAUCGACGCGACCUACCGGAUCGCACGGCGGAUCGAGGCCGAGGAGGCCGGGCUCGACGCGGCCCAGAUCGUGGUGACCAGCACCCGGCAGGAGGUCGAGGAGCAGUGGGGCCUCUACGACGGCUUCGACCUCCGCCUCGAGCGCAAGCUCCGCGUCAGGAGGCGGCGGGGGGUCAGCUGUCUCGGCCGCUACAUGCCCCGCAUGGUGGUGAUUCCCCCAGGGAUGGACUUUAGUAAUGUGACCACACAGGAGUUAGUAAUAGAAGGGGAUGGUGAUCUCCACACACUCAUAAACUCUGAUAAAAUCACUGCUCAAGCAAAAAGAGAUCUCCCUCAAAUGAUAAUGCGGUUUUUUACGAACCCUCACAAGCCGAUGAUCCUCGCGCUCUCGCGACCGGACCCGAAGAAGAACGUAGUGACCCUGCUGAAGGCGUUCGGGGAAUGCCGACCCCUUCGCGAGCUCGCCAAUUUGAGCCUAAUAUUAGGUAAUAGGGAGGACAUAGAGGAGAUGAGCGAGAACGGUGCGACGGUUCUCACAACGGUGCUCAAGCUCAUCGACAGGUACGAUCUCUACGGACACGUGGCGUAUCCUAAGCACCACACCCAGUUGGACGUCCCCCGUAUUUACCGCCUUGCAGCAAAAACGAAGGGAGUUUUCAUCAAUCCGGCUCUUGUAGAACCUUUCGGUCUCACUCUCAUUGAGGCUGCUGCUUAUGGUUUACCAGUAGUUGCAACAAAGAAUGGAGGUCCUGUGGACAUUCUCAAGGCGCUGAACAACGGACUGCUUGUCGACCCCCACGACCCCGGCGCCAUCGCCGACGCGCUCCUCAAACUCCUCGCCGACAAGUCGCUCUGGCUCGACUGCCGCCGCAGCGGCCUCCGCAACAUCCGCCGCUUCUCGUGGCCUCACCACUGCCGCCUCUACCUCUCCCACCUCGCGCUCCACUGCCCACCCUCGGCCCCCCUCGGCGCACCCCCGCCGCGUGCUCCCCCCUUCGACGAUGACGAGCCCCUCACCGACUCCCUCCGCGCCCUUGACUCCAUCCGCUUCUCCGUGGACGGCCCCGAUCUCACCCAUUCUAUGAACGGCACGCACGCAGCCGCCGACGCCAUCCUUGACGCGCUCCGACGCCACCGCGGGCAUGCUGUGGCGAACCGCACUGCAGUGUUCUCCCCCGGGAGGAGGCAGCUGCUCCUUGUGAUUGCCGCGGACUGCUACGGCGAGAGCGGCCACCUGGUGAUUGACAACUUGAAGGAAAUCAUUGAACAGGUGAUGGACAUCGGCAGUGGAGCUGGCGGGCGGGUCGGGUACGUGUUCUCGAGCGGCUCCACGCUGGCAGAGGUUGCGGAUGCGAUGAGAUGCUGCGACGUGGAUCCGAAGGUGUUCGACGCAUUAAUAUGUAGCAGCGGGGCCGAGCUGUGCUACCCAUGGAGGGACAUGGCGGCCGACGCGGCCUACGGAUCGCACGUGGAGUUCCGGUGGCCCGCGGAGCAUGUCAAAUCCGCCGUGCCGCGGCUCGCCAAGUUGGAGGGGGCCGAGGAGGAGGAUAUGAUCGUCGACGAGGCAGCUUCUUCGGUUCAUUGCUAUGCUUACUCUGUCAAGCCAGGAGCUAAAGUUCGAAAGGUUGAUGGUAUUCGACAAAGGCUUCGAAUGCGUGGCUUCCGAUGCAACCUUGUAUACACACAAGCAUGCUCACGCUUGAACGUUGUUCCUCUUUUUGCUUCACGGCCGUGUGCAUUGAGGUAUCUAUCCAUACAAUGGGGAAUUGACCUUUCAAAAGUAGUAGUGUAUGCGGGAGAGAAAGGAGACACAGAUCAUGAAAGGCUCUUACCUGGUCUCCAUAAGACCAUAAUUUUCCGAGGUUUGGUCUCCCAUGGAAGUGAGAGGCUUCUACGAGACGACGACGGGUAUAAGAUGGAGGAUGUGGCGCCACUUGACAGCCCCAACAUCAUCUUUCUCAACGAGAAUAGUAAAAUUCCGGAUAUUAUGAACAUGUAAAAUUAUUACGAAAAAAACUAAAUUGCAAGGGGAAUUUCAUUCUCCAUUAUAGGAACCAAGAUUGGUUAAAUUAGAAAUACAUAUUACUAAAGCGAAAAAAUACAAGAGUUCCCUCUGUAAGUGUAAAUAAAUUGAGAUUUAUCUCUCUUUUUACUUGUUAUAUCCAAUGUCGGAAGUGUUAAAUAAUGAACAGAAGAGUUAUAUAGAUGUAUUAUGCUUACAUUUCUCCCUCUAAGAUCGUAAAAAUGUUAUAA